AUGAGACAUAUCCUGUAUAUAUGGCAUCUUUUACUAAUACACCACACAAUCACAUGUAUAUUCAAUUACCGUAUCGUAGAAUCCGCACUUACAUGGAGUGAAGUAGAUGUAGGAGAUUCAAAAUUAUUGUUUAAGGAUGUUAGUGAAUUUGCUAGUGCCAGUGUAUCGCACGAUUGGUUUUUUUUUGGUGGAAUAUCAGAAUUAAAAUAUUCAAAUUCAUUGGUUAAAUUCAAUUCAAAGUCGAAUAAAUGGUCAAAUGUCAGUUGUGGCGGUGAAUUACCUUGCCCUCGAGCUGGAUCUAGUUUAACGCUGUUAAAUAACUCCCUUAUCUUGUUUGGAGGCCAAAAUUAUGAUGGGACUUUUUCAGACCUCUUCUCAUUGGAUUUGCAUACAUUUAUAUGGAAGAAACUGUACAUCGCAUAUACUAUAGAAAGUAGAUCUGGCCAUGCUACUACCAGUGAUGGUGAAAAUAUUUACAUAUUCGGAGGAUACAACGAAAACGGAACUUAUUUAAAUGAUUUAUGGCAGUUGUCCAUUGAUGAUGAUGUAGCCAAUUUUAAAUUGAUAGGAGAUGGUAUAGUACCAGAGACAGAAAAUGCCACAAUUACUUAUGUUUUGGGGAAUAUAUAUCUAAUUGGAGGUUACAAAAAUAAUUCUAAAAAGGUAUGGAAAUUUACUGAUAAAUGGAAUCCCAUUACUCCGCCACUGCAAAUAAAUUUGCCCGAAGGCCACACUUCAAUUCGUAUUGGACAUUCAAUAUUAAUAUUGGGUGGAGCAUACAAUAAUUAUUCUAUAUCAUCAUACAAUGAUCAUCUGUGGGUCUUCUCAAUUACAACUAAUAGUUGGACAAUUUUACCAAUAUUUAAUGAUAUCAAAUAUCCUAUUUCCGCGGCAAUAUUGUAUGAUACAAUUUACAUUUUAAACAAGAACGGCAUGAUAUAUAAUUUGAAUAAUGUACACUUAUGUGGUUUUGGUGUUGACGUCUGCUCGGGCAAGGGUAGCUGCAAUGGUAGAAUUUGUUCAUGCUUACCUGGCCAUUACGGUCAUGACUGCGGGGAUACUGUUGUUUCAGCUAUAGAACUCAAUACAAAUGAAUCAAAUCUAGUGGGUACUGGUAUUUUUAGAUUCAAUUCCAAACACUUGAUGAUUAGUUUUUGUGUUAUUGCUUGUUUAUACUUUGUAACUAAGAGUGCGAAGAAGAAAAGUGAUGAUAAUACGGACCCUUUAUUUUAA